UAUAGCGUAUGGUCCUUUCAAGUGCAAAAACACACUCUCUCUCUCUCUCAAAACUCAGGAAAUAACUUGAGAUUUAAGCUAAGAUGGCAACCGAGAAAGGGAAGAAGACGGUGUUAAAGUUCGACUCAGAAGAAGAUGUAUCAAAUGCCCUCGCGAAAUACACUGCUGAUUUGUCCCAAAAAUUCAUCAAAGCAAAAGGUUCUUUCACUGUUGUUCUCUCUGGAGGUUCUCUUAUCGACACCAUGAGGAAAUUGGUGGAACCACCGUAUAAAGACUCAGUUGAUUGGUCAAAAUGGUGGAUUUUUUGGGUGGACGAGAGGGUUGUUCCUUUGGAUCACGAUGACAGCAAUUACAAACUUGCUUGGGAUGGUUUUCUUUCUAAGGUUCCGAUCCCCUCUUCUAACACUUAUGCGAUCAAUGACAAGGAGUCACCUGAGGGUGCAGCUAUUGAUUAUGAGGCCCGUCUGAAACAAUUGGUUGAGAGCAAAGUUCUGCCUCUAUCAGCAGCUACUGGAUUCCCCAAAUUUGAUCUUAUGCUAUUAGGUAUGGGGCCAGAUGGACAUGUAGCUUCUUUGUUCCCUUCGCGUCCUCACCGCCAUGAGAAGGAGCGGCUAGUCACCUUCAUCACUGACUCACCAAAGCCUCCUCCACCAAGGAUUACUUUCACCUUUCCAGUAAUUAACUCGGCUUCAGAGAUAGCAAUGGUGAUCACGGGAGCAGAGUUAGCCUAUAUGGUUGAUGUGGCUCUGGGUAGUGCACCUCCUCCUGAUGGGAUUCCUCCCCCUUGUACUGAGGUUUCAGCUGAAGAGGAGCUUACCUGGUUUUUAGACAAGGAUGCUGCAUCGAAACUACAAACCUCUGGAUGAUUUUGUUGCCCAUGUCAUAGAUAAUAACGGUAACCCAAAUAGGAUUUGGUGCCCCUGAAAUACGUUGCUUAGUGGUGGUUAUCCAUCUUUGCUUUGUAUUUCUUUCCUGAUAUUGCUUGGGUUGUUUGUUUUUAACGUAUCCUCUAGAAGGUAAAAGUUAUGUAAUCGAUGAAGAAUUACAUAUUCUAUUAAGGAUCAAUAACUUCUCUUUUCAAACUAAAGUCCAUGAUCUACUUUGUACCAUAGCUCAGAAUGUAACACAUUGUAUUUAGUAUUAUAUAAGGGAUGUUUUCUUUUUCUUU